AUGUAUGCUGAUAGAUUGGAGUCUGAGUUUGGAACCAGGAAUAUGUUAAAAGAUCGUAUUAAUAGCGACAUCUCUAUCCGUGUGCGUCAAGUCACUCACAAGAGGCAAAGGCAGGAAGAUAAAUGGGAGCAUGAUCUUUUCACUAGUGACAACAAACCUCAACUAUCAAACCGCAGAGUUGAUGCUAAAGAUCUUCGCUUGAAGCUUCAGAAGAGACAUCAUAGGUCUCAAAGUGGUUCAGGCGUGGGGGAUUUACGUGAGAAGCUCUCUGGGACAAUGAAUACACAACUGCUAAAAUCUAAAGUAGAGGUUCUUAGACCAAGCAUGAAGAGUAGAGCCACUGAAACUGUAACAGAGACUAGAAAAUCUUCUAAUCAAGCUAGUAAAAAGAAGUCACAGCAGGCUGGUGCUUCGGUUGAUAGCUUUCUGGAAUCUUUGGGUCUUGAGAAAUAUUACACAGCUUUUCAAGUUGAAGAAGAAUGUAAUGUUGAUAUGGAUGCUCUCAUGCAUAUGACAGAUGAUGACCUCAAGGCUAUGCUUAUACCAAUGUGCUGCAAGGACAACAUGUCCUGA